AUGCUUCCGCGCAGCGCCCUCCUCCGCCUGCUGCUGCUCGCGCCGCUGCUGCUGCCGCUCGCCCGGGGCCAGCCGCAGCCGACGCUCCUGCGGCAGGACAUCCAGGCGCUCUACGGUCUGCGCGCGUCCCUGGGCCUGCGCGCGCGGGACUGGCCCGCCAAGGCCGACCCCUGCGCCGCCUGGGCCGGCGUCGCCUGCCGCGCCGACCGCGUCACGAGGAUCCGGCUGGGCGGGCUCCGCCGCACCCGCAUGGGGGAACGCAGCGCCGCCUUCGCCGUCGACGCGCUGCGCGGGCUCCCGGCGCUCGAGGAGUUCAACGCCUCCGGGUUCCCGCUCCCCGGCCGGAUCCCGGCCUGGUUCGGCCGCGGCCUCCCGCCGUCGCUCGCCGUCCUCGACCUCCGCUCGGCCGGCGUCGAUGGCGAGCUGCCCCUCUACCUCGGCAUGUCCGGGAACCUGACCACCCUCGUUCUAGCCGGUAACAGCCUCUCCGGCCGGAUUCCGGCGUCAGUUUUCUCCAGUAAGGCUCUCCGGAUCCUUGACCUUUCCAACAACAACCUCACCGGGGAGCUUCCCGACGUGUCUGCCUCCGCCGGUGACAUAGCAGGAGCUCUGUUUAACGCCUCGGGGAAUUCACUCUACGGUGCGAUUGGCGAUGUCCUGGGGUCCCUCAAGAAGAGGUUUCAGGUGGUCGAUGUGUCUAGCAAUUACUUUGGCCAAGCGGCCACCACUGGAUUUCAGAAUGGCUCUGAGGGAACAGUCUACAUCAAGAUGAAUUGCUUGCCAGGCCUACCAGGCCAGCGCAGCCCUGGUGAUUGUGAGGAUUUCUUUAAGAGGAAUGGAUUGCCAUUGCCAGAACCACCACAAGCAUCCCCAUCACCGGGCAAGAAAGGCGUCAGGUGGAAACAUGUACUAGCUGGAGUUCUUGGAGCUGCAGCUAUUGUGGUUGUCCUUUCACUUGCAGCACUGGUGUUUUGCUUGGUGAGGAGGGGGAGAAGGAGGCCUAGAGGAAGAGGGCUGGAGCAGAACGACGACGGCAUCCGCUCUGGUCGCAAGAGCAGCAGUGUGAAUCCGAUGGUGAUGUCACCAUCCCGGGCAGCAAACAGUCCACCCAAGGGUUUGCCUGCCGUCGUGGAUGAGCUCACCUAUGAGCAGUUGCACCAUGUCACCGGAGGCUUUGGAGAUGAUAACCUUGUCAAGCAUGGGCGCUCUGGGGACAUCUAUCGUGGUGUCUUAGAGAGUGGCUUAAAUGUUGUCGUAAAAAAGGUCGACGUGAAGAGCAGUAAGAAGAACAUAGUGGAAUUAAGCUUUCUUGUCAAAAAAUCCCAUGCCAGGAUUGUUCCAUUGCUGGGGCAUUUGGUCAAGGAUGACGAGGAAUUGCUAGUGUACAAGUACAUGUCAAGGGGAGAUUUGACAACUGCACUGCACAGGAAGCCAGCAGAUGCUGAAGUGGGGUUAUCUUCAUUGGAUUGGAUAACAAGACUGAAGAUUGCAAUUGGCGUAGCUGAGGCCCUGUGCUUCCUUCACGAUGAAUGUAGUCCACCAUUGGUUCACAGAGAUAUCCAAGCAAGCAGUGUUCUUCUUGAUGACAAAUUUGAAGUGUGCCUUGGAAGUUUGAGUGAAAUCUGCCUUCAACCAAGUGAUGGAAGCAGGAGUUUCUUCUCUAGGAUGUUGAGAUCAUCAAAGUCUCUCGACAAGAACAUGUCAGGUCCACCUGCUAGCCGCACAUAUGAUAUUUACUGCUUUGGAAAGGUGCUACUAGAGCUAAUCACCGGGAAAUUUGGCGUGAGUGGCUCAAACGACACCGACUCAGAGGAGUGGUUGGCAAGCACUUUAGAUUACAUUGAAACCCAUGACAAGGAGAAUGUCAUAAAUAUUGUAGACCCUUCACUUGUUGUGGACGAAGACCACCUAGAAGAAGUAUGGGCAGUCUCCAUUGUAGCGAAGACAUGCCUGAAUCCAAAGCCCUCCAGGCGGCCUCUUGCUCGGUACAUCUUGAAAGCGCUGGAGAACCCGCUAGGGGUGGUGCGGGAAGAGCUCUUCUCGAGCCCCAGUUCAGCUCGGCUCACAAGUACCUCAUCCCGAAGCUCUUGGCGUUCUGCUUUCCAUGGGCACUCGUACCAGUACUCCGAGGUGCAAACAUCAGGGAAAGUACUUACCUGUAGGCAGUCAGCAAAGUCCGAAGGAAGCGACGAGGAGGAAAAUUCCUUCUCCUUCAAGAAGGCUUCGCAGGAGAUGCUCCCGGAUCCAGUAGAGCUGGAAGACAGAGCUGUUGUGUAG